AUGUUACAUCACAAAGUUGUGGUAGUUUUCCGGUGGGUGUUUGGUGUUUGUUACAUGUUAACAGUGAUUGGAGUGUUCUUUACUGACUCCCCAGAAGCUGGUGACGGGAACCCCUACACCGCCACACGAGCUGAAACCAGAUUGUCCGAAUUUAGCAGGCUUAUUUACGAAAGUCAAAAUCAUCAAAACUGGAUAGUUAUAAAUAUUCCAAGAAAUCAGACCACUAUUAAUUUGUCUAUGAAGGAAGUUGUCGGUUGGAGGAUCGUUAUCACAGGGAUAGAUGACGUAGUGCACACCUUCUGCAGAAUGCCCAGUUGUGUAUUUUUAUCGCCAGACGUCAUACGACAACUGAGAAAACAUUAUAUUCUUGGAGUCGAACCUGAUGAUUUACAUUACUAUGGUUACAUCUACGCCAUCAAACAUGGCGCCAAAAACAUUCUGACAGUGUCGUCCGAUGUUCAUUACCUUGGCAACCUGGAUUUUUUUUCAUUUAAACACAAAGUGAGUGGAAUCGUUUAUAACGAAAGUCGCGUCUUCGAUCCGGAAAUGUUUUCAAAAAAUUUGACUCAAAGGCGACAGAGAUCGACAAACGUUGAGGAAAAAUUUCCGUUUGAGUUUACACUCAAAGACGAGAUGUAUCCGGCGAUUCAGGUACCUCUGUAUAAGUGUAAACAAUUUACAUAUACAAAUAAUACAAUAGACUUUAUUCCAACACAUCCAUCCAAUCGUCAAGAAUUGCCGCCAUUGUACGUUGGUUCUGGGCACUACUCAAAAUUAGCAUCACCUACUGUCGUGUUAUUCCGAUACGAAGCUUUCUGGGCGUUGCUAUGGAAUGUAUUCAGUGAGCAUACGACAACUUCAUUCAUGUUGCUCAUUCAAAAACUUUUACACGAGUUGGAUUUUCAUAUCUCCUUUAUUCCAUUCCAACCAUGCUUGGUGAAAAAUACAACAACACGCGAUCUGGAUAUAUCUGUAGAUUUGAAACUGGUGGAAUUUUUAAACAAGAACCAAUGCAAAGAUCUUAGACUGUCCGAGUGUUUUUCAAGAAUUGCGCGGGAAAUGACGUCAGUUGGAUACUUGACCAAAUCACAACUGGAUGAAUUAAUCAAAUGGAUUAACAUUUUAGGGUACUUAAAUUACAAAUGGCCGCCAAUGACCAAACUGCUCAAAAGUCUCGAAGCCGAAACAGACAUUCCAAUGUUUCUGUCUACUAAUAUAUAUUCCGACAUUUACCAGGAAUCUUUGCAAAAUUAUUCUCAAGGCAUCAUUGACGUCACAAGAGCUGAUUACGUAUGUCCCCAGCUGAAUUUGAAUUGGUACGAUUCCGUCAUCGAUGACGUCAUGUUAAUUGUGACGUUUAAUGAGUUCAAAUAUUACAAAAAUAUUCUAUAUUUAGAACUAAUGUACAGGCGAUAUUUCAGAUACAUUUUAUUCUGUGGACCGUUUCCGGAAGAAUUCUUAAAAAUUGUACACGAUAAUCCUCAAUUGGGGACGUUUUUCUACGUGCAAGGGUUGUCAGAAGGUUGGUACUAUAUGUACGAGUGUACGCAAUACGCAAUGAUGAUGAACUUCCGUGUCAAAGGAUUUUUACAAAUCGGUGACGACACAUUAGCCAAUGCCUGGAAUAUGUUUCGACUACCACGUGACCAGAUAAUCCUACCUAACUUGGUAGACGUGUAUAACCGGACUUCUCCGAAAGCCAGAUGGUUCUGGUGGAAUUUAGACAUAGGUCGGGCAGCGCUAAAUCUUGUGUUUGACGAUUUCCUUACGGCAGUGAAAAUGGAGGAUCAUAAACUAGCCAAGGAGUUUUUAAAACAGUAUAAAAAGAGUGUGAUGAAUUUAGAAUACAGUUUUUAUCGCGGGGGUGAUUUAUUUUACACGCCGGUCCGGAUAACCGAGCGUUUUAUCUACGUCAGUAAAAUAGCUCAUCGGAGACAUUUAAUGGACGAGGUAGCCAUACCGACACUUUUCAUGGGACUUGACGAUAACAGAAACAUUUUUAGAAUCAGAGACGGUAGUUUAUGGCGCGAUUUCGCUCGCAGUAGCUACUGGCUCUUUUUCGAUGAAGAAAAGUUUUUUAUUCACCCGUUUAAGCUCAGUGCUUUCUUUGUGAAUUCAACGAGAAAGAAUUUUUUCUGUGAUACGUACCUAGCCACCAGCUUAGACAAACUAAGUCACCUGGAAAAAAUGAAAAAUUCCCCUCCGUUUAAAAACGUGGGAAUCAUGUGGAACAAUGUCAAAGGUGGUCCGUCAUUUCCGGGAGAAUAUGAAACAUUGUGAAUCAGUUGGACGAAGGGUUUGGUGGCUAAUAAAGACCUUUGAUACCACAUCAAUAGGCUAGAGACCAGAUCAUGAUCCAAUAGUAGAGGAACAAGGGUGUCCAAAGAAUUGAAUUUUUCCUUCUGACCUCCCUUGAAUGCAUUAAAAAAAAUUAAGGUAGCCCCUCCCAAAGUUCUUCAGCCGCCACUAUGAUUUAAAUAUCAAAUAAUGUCUACCUACAUACAUCAGACCAAUAAUAUUGAAUUUAAAGGGACAGAUUCGCCAUCCAUUUGACCAAUCGUACCCUAGCUAAGCUAAUCUGUAAAUGUAAUGGCGUUCAAAGCACACCGUCGAAAUUUGAGUCUGUGUGUCCAGAAUUAUGCAUGUUUUAAAGUUAAAAAGACGACUCGCCUUUUCUGGAGACUCUGUGAUAUAUGGAAAAGACAUACUAUAUUGUAUUGUAUAUUGAAAUUAAAAGUGAAAUUGCU